AUACCCAAUCGAAAGAGGAAAGCUGUUGUCACUCCAUUUCUUCUACAUCACUUCCCAUUCUCCUGCGUCACACCCCAUCGCAUCUCUGCCGUUUUCUUCACGCCAAAUCGAUCCUCUGAUUCGCUCUCCGGGAAAGGAACAUGAACCGGGGUAGUGCUCGAAGGGCCGGAGGAUACAGGGGGAACCGGGGUAGUGCUCGAAGGGCCGGAGGAUACAGGGGACGAUCCUCGCGGUCUGGGGUCAUAAUCUCACUUUAUGAUGUACCCGGAGCCUCACUUUAUGAUGUACCCGGAGCCUCACUUUAUGAUGUACCCGGAACCUCACUUCGUGAUGUACCCGGAACCUCACUUCGUGAUGUACCCGGAACCUCACUUCGUUAUGUACCCGUUGGAGCUGGAAGACAUUCGACUAAUGAUGCUCUUGAGUGCAAGGAUGGAACACCCCCUAACAGAAGGGAAGCUCCAAAGCAGCCGUCACCAGGUAGUAUUUCAAGGCAAUCUGAGCAUGAACUCACAUUAGGGCAUUCUUACAAGCAGGAUCGGCCGUCAUCUGGUAAUAACGAAGGACUUUCCCAUAUGGGUAUAAAUCAGCAUGGACAAAAUCCACUAGAGACAGCAAGCAGUAGCUCACAACCAUCUGGGUGCUCAUCUGCUUCAGAUUCAGCCCAUGAGAAUCACCUUCCCCCAUUGUCUGAUCUCUCACUCAAAGAAAAUACUAAAAACCUGCAGAAUGAGUCUCAGAUUCAGACUCCAAUUAAAUAUGGUAUUAACAGUAUGCCUUUCCAGAACAAAGGACCCCAAUUUGAGAAAAAUUCUCUUAGCAAGACCAUAGGCACUGGAAAUAUAGAGCUUUCUGAGCAUCCAGGGGUAGUUGAGCCUUUUGAUAUCUGCCCAGUGAAAACUGGAACUUCCAUAGUCCUAAAAGCUCCUUUACUUUCAAAGAAUAGAGAAAAGCGAAGAGAAAGCAAGCGGGCUGAAGAAGGGCUAAAAGGAGACGUGAUAAGUUCUGGAAUGGUUCUUCUGAAGGGUUACAUUUCCUCCAGUGAUCAGGUUAAAAUAGUAAAGAAAUGUCGAGAACUUGGUCUGGGAUCUGGAGGCUUCUACCAACCUGGUUAUCGAGAUGGAGGAAAACUGAAUUUGCAGAUGAUGUGCCUUGGAAAGAAUUGGGACCCUGAGACGGGCAAAUAUGAAGAUGAACGACCAGUUGAUAAUGCUAAACCACCUCCUAUUCCUGAUGAAUUUUUUCAUUUGGUUAAAGAAGCAAUCCAAGAUUCACAAGCACUUCUUUCGAAAGAAAAAAUUGAAGCAAGCAAGGUGGAAAAAGAACUUCCUUGGAUGACACCAGACAUCUGUAUUGUCAAUUUUUACACAACUAGUGGUCGUCUUGGUCUCCAUCAGGAUAGAGACGAAAGAGAAGAGACUCUUCGGAAAGGACUACCAGUGGUCUCCUUCUCCAUUGGCGACUCUGCAGAAUUCUUAUAUAGUAAUCAGAGGGAUGUUUUCAAUGCAGACAAAGUUUUAUUGAAAUCAGGAGAUGUUUUGAUAUUCGGGGGUGAAUCUAGACGUAUUUUUCAUGGGGUAGCUUCCAUUCUCCCAAAUACUUCUCCUCAGGUCCUGUUGAAAGAAACAAAUCUCCGUCCUGGCCGUUUGAACCUGACAUUCAGACAGUAUUAAGGCUUCUGUACUCAAUGGAUGUCAUAUGAUGCUUCUUUCGAGAUGGACAUAGAUUCAUAUAAAAGAGUUUGAAAGACUGGUGGUACACGUAAAUUUUAGCAACAUUUUGUAGAUAGCAAGAUGGUUAUUAUUGUUUGCUGCUGUUUUCGUCAAAUGAGUGAGGUACUUGUGUAAGUGUGGAUUGAAAAUAUAUGAAUUGGAAUCUUGACUGCUAAUAUUUUUCGGUUUCA